AUGACAACUGCUUCGCCAAACUCGACAACAAAGCCCAAAGUGCUCAGACUUGGUAAGAUUAGAUUUGGACAAGAGAAAUGGGACGAAGUUUCGAAAUACGCCGAAGUUGUUGACUGCGACUCUGCUAAUCGUGAGCAAUUCCUUAAGGACUUACAAGGUAAAUACAGUGAUGUCACAAACAUAAGUAGAACUUUUGAGUCUGUUGCACAAACAGGCAGGUUUGAUGAAGAAGUUGCCGCACACGUGCCCAAGACAUUGGUUUCGGUAUCGCAUACUGGUGCUGGUUACGAUCAAGUUGAUGUUGAACCUUUCACAAAACGCGGUAUCCAAGUGUCGAAUAUUACUGUGCCAGUGGAGGCACCUACAGCAGACACUGCUGUUUGGCUUGCGAUAACUUGUUUGAGAAACUAUAAAGUUGCUAGUGAUUUGGUGAAACAAGGUAAGUGGCCUGGCCAAGCAGCUGCAGGUGCCAAGUUGGGUCACAGUCCAGAAGGUAAAGUUGUUGGUAUUAUGGGAAUGGGUGGUAUUGGUAGAGCUAUUAGAGAUCGUUUGAAACCAUUUGGGUUUGAAAAAAUAAUCUACUACAACAGAAGCCGGUUAGAUCCUAAAUUGGAAGCUGGUGCUGAAUACGUUAGCAAAGAAGAGUUGUUCAAACAAUCAGACAUCAUCAUGAUCAGUAUCCCAUUGAAUGCACACACAAGACAUUCGAUAGAUAAAAGUGCAAUUGAACAGAUGAAGGAUGGUGUCAUUUUGGUCAAUACCGCUAGAGGUGCUGUUAUCAAGGAGUCUGAGUUGCCCGAGUUGAUCAAGUCUGGCAAGAUUGGUGCUCUUGGUGCCGAUGUGUUUGAAAACGAGCCAGAGAUUCCAAAGGAGUUGCUUGAGCUUCCCCAAGUAGUUGCAUUGCCACAUGUUGGGACAUAUACUUCUGAAGCGAUCAAGAAUAUGGAAGAUUGGGUGGCAGAUAAUGUCUUGUCCGCAAUCAAGACAGGCAAGGUCAAGAGUAUUGUGCCGGAACAAAAAGAUACCAAGUUUGACGUUAAGCCACUUGUGUAA